GAAAGAGAGCUGGAGAAGCGACGGGACUCCGGGACUCGGGAUGGCGGAUCUCGCCGUCUCUCUGCUCGUACUCGCGGGGAUCGUUCUCGCGUGCGAGGUCGCGAGGCGGGCAAGCGCGAGGCUGCUCUCGGGCGGCGUUUACGGCGCGUGCGCGGUCGAGCUCAUCUCCACGCUGCAGCUGUGCGCGUGCACGCACGAGCUCAAGCUGCUGGGCGACGCCGGGGUCUCGCAGCGGCCCCCGGUCCUCGCGCUCGCGCUCACGUACGGCACGUCUGUGGUGCACGCGCUCACAUCCUGCGGCGCCACCUGCAACCCGUCAGGCGCAUGCGAGCGCUUCUUCCGCGAACGCGGCGGUGGGCUGAGCGCGGGCACGCGCGUGGCGGCGCUGAUGGCACGCGUGACGUGCCAGUUCGCAGCGGCCGUGGCGGCUCGCGCCGCCGUGCGCAGUGUGUGGGCGCGCGGGUUAUCGGACCUGCACACUCGGCACCGAGCGUCCGCCUUCCGGUGCGCGAGUCCCAUCGGGCACGCGCCCCUGCUCGAGGCCGCGGCCGUGGAGAUGGCGUGCGCCUUCGUCGUGCACGCUGCCGCCUCGUGCACGCGCAGUCUGCAGGAGAAGUACAGAGUGCACGCGGUGGCGGCCGUGAUCACCUCGGCGGUCUAUGCAGGGGGAAGCACAACAGGGGCAGUGUUCAACCCAGCACUGGCGUUUUCAACACAGUUUCCCUGCACCGGCGGCACGUUUGCGGAGUACAGCUUGGUGUACUGGAUGGGGCCACUACUCGGCAUGGCAGCCUCAGUUCUGCUGUUUGAUAAAGUCAUUCUGGCUCUUUCUGUGAAGAGCAUAGCCGACAUUAUCGAGCGGAAGAAGGAGAAGUAAAUGAAACUGGAGGCCUGUAAAAAAAACCCUGGAAGUUCUUCAGUGAAGAAGCCUUAUAUACUGGUUACUGUUGCACAUUUUAUAAGCACCAAAAGGUCAUUUCAGUGUUAUUUUGUCCCAAUGCUGUCAGUGCAGUUUAACCCCUAAGGGUCUGUAUGUGGAUCCUUACUGCAGUUCCUCUCAUGCAGAACCUAAACACCUGCACAUUAGUUUCAUAAUAGUUAUCCAUUGAUUUUGGAAGCUCAUGCCUCCUAGAGAGAGAAGAAAAAAUUGGCUUGACAAAAUUCUGAGCUGUAAUAUGUUGAAUUAUUUGGUGAUAAUAAGUCACAAGAUAAAAAUUUUGACCUACUGCUGCCAGAAACUGAGAGGAAUAAAUCAUGGACGAAUUAUAUUUAUAUUCUAUUCUGAAAUAUGUAUUUCAAAUAGUGGCUCAGUACUUUGACAUCACCAAAUAUUUACUUAAUUCCUUGAAGUUCAAAAACUCAUUAUUUAAUUAUUAAUUCAUUAACGUAUGUUGAAUUUUGUCUUUAUUUUUCAUUAUUACAUGACAAUAAGACUACGUUCAUAAAGCUAGUAAAAGUGGCCCAAAUCUGUUUUUUUUUUUCUCAAAUGUGACACAGGUGUGUGUCUGUGUGUCAGUGUGAACAGAUAAACACACUGAAUCUAGCAUUCUCAAUUCUGAGACGCUUUCAUAUGUGGUACUGAAAUCUGAUCUGUAUCCCGAUCUGUGGCAACGUGACUCAAUCUGAACAGCCAGAUCUGAAUUCAUGUGACUUUUACAUCAGUCCGACUCCGCAUUCAUAAUAAUUUCGCGCUGCUGAGACUCAUAAAUAUUUAAGCUGAUGUUUCUGUACCAAAAACUUAAGAGACGUAUCGCAGCCGCUCAGUGUUUGAAGAGGUUUAGAACGAAAUGAUCGAACGCAGCCAGAGGAGGCCGAGGCUACAGCAUCAAAAACAGUUUCAAGAAUCUGAGGACACAAACCAAAGAAGUGGCCGAAUGUUGUGUCCUUUUACAGCGAACUUUAACACAUUCUGGGUGAGUCCAGCUGUCAAACAUUUGAACUUCAUAAUCGCUCCUGCGAUGCUGGCAAAGAUUAAACUGAAGCUCCGGGAGUGACAGGCGUUCAAUGGCAGUCGUGAUUGUUUACCUCUGGGCGAGCCGCCUCGUAAAGCAUUGAUCUUUAGCGCAUGUGGGUCAGUAUCGGAGCUGAUCUGUUCAGACUGAUGUUGCAUACAGAUCACAUUUAAAAGAUAAUGCGAACAGCCAAACAAAAAAAUCAGAUUUGGUGAGAAAAUAAGAUUUGGGCCACUUUUACCUGCUGUGUGAACGCAGCCGAAGUCAAAGUUUUUGAAGACAUUAGCCAAUAUUUAGAGUUUCUAAGUCAAAAUAUCAACAUACAGCUGCCAGAAAGUGAGUAGAACAAAAAAAUGUAGGCAGUCUUGUGUGAUUUUUUAUCCACCUUUCUGGUGGAAAUGGGCUUCCAUAAGGAACAGACCUUGAGGACAUUUUGCAGAUCCCUAUCAGCGUGCAGACGAGCUCUGAGCCUAAGCUGUUUUUCUCUGAGGGCGUGGACUGAAUGCCGCAGAAAUUCCCUUAUGAACUUUAAAGCUGAUGCAUUUUGUCUGAUAGAACUUCAUUUGAAUUGGCUGCAUGCUUUUAACUGGCAACCUCACAUGAAUACGUCACGCUAACCAGCUGACAACAAAUGCAGACCAGGACACAAGGGAGGUUCUUGCUUUCAAAGUGGAUUUACUUGAGCAAAACAGAGCAAAACACCUUGAAGUGUGAACUCCAAAACAGGUGGAAACAAUCAGGGACGGAGUCACUAAAUAAGGGGGCUGGACUAAGAACCAAACCAAAGAAAACACGUGGACGACCGGGAAGUAAACAAGGCACAUGGGGGAGUGGGAGGAACCAAUUGUGACACACUGACACUAUACAGCACACAGACACUAUAAAGCUCCCGACUUCCUGAGGGCUUAUAAAGCCAGGAAGACAAGACACAGGUGAACCACAUGAGUUAAAGAUCCCAGGGGUGGGUUUAAACUAAGCCACUCCUAGGAUGGUAUAGAUGCUUUCUGAUGCUUUGCCGCCGUCUGUUGUUUAGGUGAGGUGUGACACAUAUAAGCUUUAUUUCACAACAGCUGGUGUUUUUAUAUGUAGUGCUGCAUUAGUGUUGUAGAAAUGUAGUCAUACCAUUUUCACACUUCGUGUUCCUUAAUGCGGAAGAGGAAAUCGUAGUGUUAAACAGCUUCCGGUCACACUGUAAACAAUGACUGAUACUGCUCAAAAUCAUUGCUGCGUUCCUAAUGCACCAGUAAUUCAACUAAACAGCCUCACAUGAGUUUCCACUCGAUUACGUUUAAAAAUGUUCAGCUUCAGUCUAAAAGCUCUGCUCGUCAUGAACAGGCUGUACAGGACAGAUUUACUCACAUCUGUGAUUAAAAUGCUCCAAGACAAACAUUUAUUCACUGGUGUAUUUAAAACUCUGGAGAUGGUCGUCACAGAGGUCUGAUUAAAACUUCUGAGAAACCGACUCGUCCCCACUGCAGCUCGGUGAUCAGUACUGUACUGUAGAAAUACGACGCUGUGUCUCUGAGCUAGUUACGGUGUUCAGGACUGGUUAUGGUGUUCAGGACUUCUUUGCAAAACCUAUCUCAGGCAAAUUCCUCACGGUUCUGACGUGGAUCUUUGCAGAACACAUUCCUCCAUCUGAAUGCAGCUGCUUUGACAUGGAUAUGCUCUUUCAGAGGUGGGAUGUGUGGCUCCGCUCUCUGCCGCAGCAUAUUAUGUUUACCAGGCUGCCCCUGUGCACCGCACAGUGAUAAAAAGCUCACAGCAGCAGAUGCACAGAUUCAUAGAGUUCAAAUGUUUUUGUUUUGCGCGACGAGCUUUAGCCAUGUCAGACUAGCCUUUCUGCUCAUGUUAGAGGAACUAACAUAACUAACACAUAAACUGCUCUUCUAUUGACCGAGCUGGGAUGAGGGAUGCUGAACGCCAGAGACCCUCUGUUGCUGCUCUGUUAAACGGCGCAGGUGGAAGUUCGAUAACACUAUCAGAGCUGGUUUAUGAGGAGCCUGGCCACUUCCUAUUUCCCCCAUUAUAUCAAAAACAGGACUGCUAAACAGCAGAGGGCGCCCACGAGGGAGUCCUCAAUGAAUGGGAGUAAAUAACGCUCAACGG